AUGCCACCGCCAGUGCCAUUCACCAGCAUCGAAGACGUGAUCAAUAACAGCGAAGAAGCCACGGAACCAGCCCAUCGGCAAACGGAUGGCAGGCUGGCGACCAUUGGGAAGAAGCGUACCAGGACCGGCUGCCUUAAUUGCCGCCGAAAGCGUAGAAAAUGCGAUGAGGUCAAGCCUACCUGUGAGACCUGCCAGGGACGGAAUGAAGUCUGCGAAUGGGGGGUCAAAGUGUCCUUUCGUCCUGAAAAUGCCCACACCAUGGCCCGCGAGCAUCCCUCCAUGAAACACGCCGCCUCGCACUCCAGAAACCAAAGCUAUCAAAUUAUCAAUAUCACCUCUGAAGUCAUUCGGGACUAUUUCGAAGAGACGACUAACGACAUCGAGGAAGCAAGGCUGCUGGACUCAAGUACUAGUGCUACCACUGCCCAGCCUACACCACGUCAGCAUGCUCUCACGCUCAAUCUCAGCAACCACACACCCACCCAUGACCUGCCCUUCGAGCCCCUUGAACCAAUCACGUCCAUACAGAGUCACCAUUCUGCACCCUUGAGCCUGCAACCAGAAGCCAUAGAUCUUCAUGAUGAGCUCAGCGGAAUCUCCCAAACGCCAAUCUUAACAUCUCCUGACCUCUUUCUUUCGCCUCAGUAUAGCGACUCGCAGUUUGACGACGGCAUUUUCCUUCCAGGCUCCGAGUUUCAGGAAUUGCACGCGGCUCUCCGAAGCAAAAUCAUUGACACCGCAAGAUCGACAGCUCCAUCUCGAAUGUCUUCCCCCGACCACCACCACCCGGAAUUGCAACGAUCUGAGACGUCCGAAACGGCCGACGACGAAGAGUCGCGCAGACUUGCUCACUUGUCCAUAGACCAAGAAUACGUCCUCCUACAGAAUUACAUCAAUGAAGUUGCUCCAUGGCUAGAUAAAUUCGAUGUUCAUCGACAUUUCGAGCUCGUGCUACCCAUGCUCGCAAAGCGCCACUCACAUCUGCGCUACUCAAUCUUGGCAUUAUCUGCGAGGCAGAUCGAACUGAAGGCACGCCGAAGGGAUCACUCCUGCAGUCUGGCUCUUUAUCAACAUGCAAUCCAUCUACUUUCGCCUCUUCUCCAGUAUAGAACGACUGAGAUCCUUGCAUCAUGUGUGGUGCUUUGUGUUCUGGAGAUGAUGAGCUGUUCGCCCAAGGCGUGGAGACGACACCUGGACGGCUGUGCGGCACUGAUCCAAGCGUUGGGCAUAUCCGGAGGCUGCGGCGGACUAGAACAAGCUUUAUUCUGGUGCUUCGCUCGCAUGGACAUCUGCGGAGGUCUCAUCUCCAGCGAAAGAACUCUGAUCCCACUCUCAAACUGGAUGGGACGCGGCAACAUCAUCGAAGACGUGAACAUGCUGAUGAAUCUGCACAAAAGCUUCGACAUGUACGCCAACCACAUCGUCUACCUCACCGCACAAGUCGUCGAUCUCCUCUGCUCGUCGGGAAAAUGGGAACAACGACACCGCAACCUCGCCCAUCGCAUGGACGCUUCCGAAUACCUGCACCAAUGGACCCGCCUCUUCGAACUCCUCGAUCGCUGGUGGGACGAACGCCCGGAAGAAAUGAAAGUCCUCUUACACAUCCCACCCCCGAUCAUGGACGAAACCAAACCUUUCCCCACCCUCCUAUACGGCAACGGCCCCGCCGUCUCGGGAAACCAAAUGUAUCACACCUCCGCUCUCCUGAUGCUAAAAUACAAACCUUCGCACGUAAAUUUCGCAGCAGCAGCGAAGAAACCUCGGAGUAUCCUUUGGCACGCCCGCCAGAUUUGUGCGAUUUCCAUUUCUAAUGAUAAUCAUGCGUGUUGGACGAAUUGUGUGCAGCCGCUUUGGAUUGCCGGGCAGCAUAUGAGUCAUGAGAGUGAGCAUCGCGCUAUUCUUGCGAUUUUGGAUCGUAUUGAGAGGGAGAUUGGGUGGGCGACGAGGUGGAGGCAGGAUGAUUGA